AUGUGGGUCAAUCUCGGGGACUAUUUCUCGUUAGAUAUAUUCUUCAUCAUGUUUCGUGAGACUUUGGAAUGCGUGAUUAUUGUGUCUGUGCUACUUGCAUUUCUUGAGCAGAACCAAGAAUUCGUCAAGGAUAACACCGAAGAACCACCAUUAUUAUCAUCAGAAAUUGAUAGAGAAGCUGUCAAUGAAAAUAUAUCCGAUAACUUCUUGUAUAAUAACCUCCGGCUUCAAGUUUGGUUUGGGGCAUUUUGUGGAGUGGUUGCAUGCUUGAUCAUCGGGGCGCUUUUUAUCUUGGUGUUUUAUCAACUUGAUAUCGAUCUUUGGUCAAAAUCAGAACAUUAUUGGGAAGGAGUUUUCAGUAUCUUAGCGUCAAUUAUCAUUUCCAUCAUGGGGGUUGGGAUGCUACAAUUGAAUAAAUUGGAAAAGAAAUGGCACGUGAAGUUGUUCAAUGUGCUUGGUAUUGAUGCUGCUACCACUGCGCAAGAGAACCAUGAAGAAAAUUUUGUGAUCCAGUCUUCUAACGCCAGCUUCAGGGGCAAGGUAGUGUCGAAGAUCCAAGUUUUGAAAAAUAAAAUUAGACAACUCACCACCAGACAUAGCUUGUUCAUUUUGCCAUUCAUCACCACUUUAAGAGAAUGCCUUGAAUCAAUUCUUUUCAUUGGGGGUAUUGGAAUGACCGCUCCUCCAAAAACUUAUCCAGGCUCUAUUAUAUUUGGCAUUGGUUGUGGGUUCUUUGUUGGGGUUUUGAUAUACGAGAGCGGAACCUCGUCAGGAUCAGCCCAAAGGUUCAUGAUAUAUUCUACUAGUUUGUUGUACUUGAUCUCUGCCGGAUUGAUCUCCAAAGGUAUUUGGCAAUUUGAAUUGCAGAAAUUUAUUGAUUUAUGCGGAGGGUUGGAUGUUUCAGAAGUUGGGUCGGGACCGGGGUCAUAUGAUGUUGACAACAUUGUGUGGCAUGUCGAUUGUUGCAAUGGGGAGAUUGACGGACCAUGGAUGAUCUUCACUGCAAUCUUGGGCUGGAACAACAGUGCGACGUUUGGCAGUGUUGCUAGCUAUAUAAUCUACUGGCUUGUGAUUGUGGGGUGUUUCAGGGCGAUAAAGUUUGAAAAUCAACACGGAUAUUAUCCAUAUAUUCCUUACAAAUGGCAGCUCAAGAAGAUCAAGAAGAAUUAUAACACUCUCAUAGGAUUGAAGAGGCAAGUGCACGGGGUGAUUGGGUUUGAUAGUAUUUGUGAAGCUGAAGGAGGAUCACUUAGACCGUCUGAAGACAGUACCACUAGGUUGCUUGGGUAG